GGAAGGAACUUCCUGUUGUCCCUAAUCUCAGCCUCCACCGGGUUUUUCCAUCCGUUCUGUUCUGGCUGCAGAGACUCGUUUCACCCUCCGGAGGGGGCUCCACCCCCGGGGUCUCAUUUGCUUCUCCUUGGUGAGAAGGGGGAUGCUAGAGAAGGCACCUGGAAAUCGGCUCGUGCAGUCAGCUUGCAGAGGGGACAGGGCCAAAGGUGGAAAGCUGGCAAGAGAUAAUGAGGAGGCUGGACCCAGGAAUGGGAAGAUGAGGACAUGUACCACGCAGGCCACGACCACGAUGAACAUACCCAGAUUCUUGGCUAAAACCUGGACGGGGCUCGACUAGCAGGGGAGAGAAGCGUUUGCUGUUUUUCCUGGCUCUGAAGUGGACGAUGUCUGCAGACAGUCAAAGCAUCGGGGCUACUGAGAAUAAGAAGUCCCACGAGUUCCCAGGUAAUGGGCAACGCUGUGGAGACAUGCUCUCUGGGGAGGAGGAGACAGUGCCCUUGGGAACCUCUCAGGAGUCGACACAUGUUAAGGCAGAGCCAGAAGAGCCAUAUUGUGAGGGGGUAUCGCAGGAGGACAGGACUCCAGGAACACGGAGCUGGAUGUCCCCACGUCCUGGCCCUAAGGACAGAGGCCUGUUCCUGCCAGGUGGAGUUCUUCCUUCUCCCUGGAUUCCUGUCCUGUCCCGAGGGGGACGGACCAGAGAGCGACAGAUGGCUGCGGCACUUCUCACUGCCUGGUCCCAGAUGCCGGUGACCUUUGAGGAUGUGGCUUUGUAUCUCUCUCGGGAGGAGUGGGGAAGGCUGGACCACAGGCAGCAAAAUUUCUACAGAGAUGUACUACAGGGAAAGAAUGGGCUGGCUUUGGGGUUUCCCUUCAGCAGACCUUUCUGGGUUCCCCAAGUUCAGGGGAAGGGCCAGACAGCAAGCUGUAGCAGGAUCACAGGAGCUGCAGAGAGGAGAAGCCUUGGUUCAGGCUCUCCAGAAGUUUAUCUUCAGCUGGCAGCCUAUCUCUUUACAGGAGCCGUGGAAAUGGAGAAGGUGGUUCCAACCUUGGCCGUGGCAACCCUAGAGGACACAAAACCCAUAAGAACUAGGGCCAGGUGGGCCCCGGGGGAAGACCCGAAGUGUGAUCAACAAUGGGCUGGUGGCCCAGGUACAAAGCUGGCCAGAGACACCGGGGAAGCUAGUCAUCUAAAGCCAGCCCCAGCCAAAUCACCUCCUCUCAAGAUCCCAGAGGACAGUGGCCCAGAGAAACCCAGUGAGGGGGAGGAGGCCCUGAAAAGUGGCGAAGAGGGUCUGGCACCCGACGAUGAAACGGGCAAAAAAACAUACAAGUGCGAACAGUGCGGCAAGGGCUUCAGUUGGCACUCGCACCUGGUGACACACAGGCGUACGCACACGGGCGAGAAGCCUUACACCUGCACAGACUGCGGCAAGCGCUUCGGCCGCAGCUCACACCUCAUCCAGCACCAGAUCAUCCACACGGGCGAGAAGCCCUAUACCUGCCCCUCGUGUUGGAAGAGCUUCAGCCACCACUCCACACUGAUCCAGCACCAGCGCAUCCACACCGGUGAGAAGCCCUACGUGUGCGACUGCUGUGCCAAGCGCUUCACCCGCCGCUCGGACCUAGUCACACACCAGGGGACUCACACCGGUGCCAAGCCCCACAAGUGCCCCAUCUGCGGCAAGUGCUUCACCCAGAGCUCCGCCCUGGUCACGCACCAGCGCACCCACACCGGCGUCAAGCCCUACCCGUGCCCAGAGUGUGGCAAGUGCUUCAGCCAGCGCUCCAAUCUCAUCGCACAUAAUCGCACGCACACAGGCGAGAAGCCCUACCACUGCCUUGACUGUGGCAAGAGCUUCAGCCACAGCUCGCACCUCACUGCCCACCAACGCACACACCGUGGUGUGCGGCCCUACUCCUGCCCACUCUGCGGCAAGAGCUUCAGCCGCCGCUCCAACCUGCACCGACACGAGAAGAUCCACACCACUGGUCCCAAGGCUCUGGCCAUGCUCAUGCUGGGGGCGGCGGCGGCGGCGGCGGGGGCACUCACAGCACCCCCACCUGCUCCCACUUAAAAGCCUGAGAGAGAGCAGUGAGACACUGGGACAGCCCCGCUGAUGCUAGGGCUCUGGGAAGACGCUGGGUCCUAGCCAGUGGGAUGAAGGAGUGGAGUGAGGGCAGGGAACUGCAAGGCGCCACUUCUGGCACCAGGUGGACAUAGUGACUCGGAAGGAGCCAAGGCUAGAAGGGCGGGCACUCUAGCUGCAGAUUAAAGGCCUGGAUUUCAAGCUGUGCCCUGUGGCUCUGUUUGCCUGGUGCUUGAGCAUGGGGUAGCUCUUGGUUCCACCAGGCGUCCUUGUUCAGGUAACUCUGAGCCGCCGCUGUUGGCCUGGGAAGCCUGUCUUACCUAGCCUUGACUUGUCUUUUUUGUCAGACAUCUAUUCCAGAACAUUAGGGUUUUUUAAAAAAAAUAAUAUUUGAGUCGGGUGUGGUGGCGCACUCCUUUAAUCCCAGCACUCUAGAAGUAGAGGCAGGCAGACUUCUGUAGUUCGAGUCCAGUCUGGUCUAUGAAAUGAGUGUAGACCAGCUAGGACUGUUACACAGAGAAAUCUUGUCUCAAAAACCAAAACAAAAUUAAUAAUAAUAAUAAUUAUAAUAAUAAUAA